GGCGUUAUGGCUGAAGAAGGAACCAAGUUGUUCCCAUACUACCGAGUGGUCUUCAACUCCUCCGACUACCACGAUGCCUACGACGAGCUCCAACGACUCUCAGAUGAGGUUCUCACCCGCCUGGCCAGCAGUACGACCACUGACGCCGACGACCCCCUCCCCCCACACCACCACAACUCCCCCACCACACUACAAGAGGUGUCGACCUCUCCACUCUCCCUGGUGUACAACCUGACCAGUGGACUCGACCUGGGCCUCAACUGGUCGACUCAACCGCUCGUGCCUUGCGUCGGAGUCGACUCCUCCAACUGUACCAACGUCUUCGACCUCGACAGCCUGUCACUCGACCUCCUCAAUGGGACCACUGUCUCCGGCUCGACCUUCGGCGUCGACUUCAAUGGCUCCUUGGACGCUCUGGGAGACGGGUACGACGCUCUGAACGCCAGUAACUUCACUACGCCCGGCGCUGAUCUCCACAGUAUAGUGCCAGCCAUCGACAGGUACUCCAUAUAUGAGGUGAUCCUGAUCGCGGUGGUGGCUGGCUUCCUCUCCAUCGCCACCCUGCUGGGCAACCUGAUGGUGAUGAUUAGCUUUAAGAUAGACAAGCAACUCCAGACCAUCAGUAACUACUUCCUCUUCUCCCUGGCUGUGGCCGACAUUACUAUCGGGCUGGUGUCGAUGCCCCUCUUCACCCUCUACACCCUGAUGGGCUACUGGCCCCUCGGCCCCAUCGUCUGCGACACCUGGCUCGCCCUCGACUACCUGGCCUCCAACGCCUCCGUUCUCAACCUUCUCAUCAUCUCCUUCGACCGGUACUUCAGUGUAACCCGGCCACUCACCUACCGAGCGAAGAGAACGACCCGUCGGGCAGCCGUGAUGAUUGGCUCAGCUUGGAUCAUCUCACUCAUCCUCUGGCCGCCCUGGAUAUACUCAUGGCCCUAUAUCGAGGGCUACAGGUCAGUCCCAGCGGGCGAGUGCUACAUCCAGUUCAUCGAGACGAAUGAGUACGUGACAUUCGGGACAGCCAUCGCCGCCUUCUACCUGCCUGUGACUGUCAUGUGCGGCCUCUACUGGCGGAUCUGGAGGGAGACGGAGAAGCGGCAGAAGGACCUCACCAACCUCCAGGCGGGCAAGAAGGACCCUAGUAAGAGGUCCAACUCGAGGUGA